AGACCAGACCUGUUCUAUCACCACUUUUUACAUUUAUAAUAUUAAAUAAAUAUUAAAAGAGAAAACAAGAGAAAAAACUAACAUUUUGUAACCAAUACCAUCUUUCAAGUCAAUGACCUCCAUGCUAGCUUCUUGCUUAGAUGUGUUUGGGGCAUCAAGAAACUAAUAAUCUUUGAGAGACCAAAAAUGAUGGGUGAGGAGGUGAUAGUAGUGGCAGUUGAUGCAAGUAAAGAGAUCACAGAUUAUGCUCUGGAAUGGGCUGUUCUCAAUGUGAUCAAAGCUAUGGAUUCUUUGGUUCUUCUUGCUGUUCUUCCAUCCCGCGAACGUCCUCCUCUGGCUGCCGGGAACCAGUCACAUCAGUCUCAGAUUUACCACUUCCUCUCUCGCCUGUUAAAGAAAAGAAGUGUUGGGCAUAAUGAGCAAGGUUCAACGCUUGAUCAGAAGACAGGCCCAGUUGAUGGUCAUGAUGUGCCCCAAAGAAUAAACAACGUGUGUCUACAGAUGAUGCAACAACUAUUUUUGGUGCACAAUGUUGAGGAGGUUAUUACAGAGGUUAAAGUUGUGGUUGAUGCACAAAUGGGGUCAGUUGCUAAGGCUGCUGAGGAACUUGGAGCAACAUGGGUCAUUCUUGAUAGGCGCUUGAAGAAGGAAGGUGACUGUUGCUUAAAAGAAUUGAUCAAUUGCAACAUCAUACUCAUAGACCAUGCCAUUCCAAAAAUCCUCAGAUCAGUUGAAUUCCCAACAAAGAAAAAGAUCAAUGUGGGUGACAGAACAAGUGAUCCAACAGUAGCUGACAUGCUAGGUGUGCUUCCUACUAACAAUCUCAGUAGCAAAAGCCGAACAACACGAACCAGUUCUAGCUCAGGCAGUCCACAUUCCAAACCUGACAAUUCAUUCUUCUCAACCCAAACAGACCAAGACCAGUUCUUCCACAAGACAAGCCCUUCUGUCACCAAAUUCAAGCCAAACAGUGCCUCUCCCCUAUCAAAUUCGCGGUUUUUUAGCCCUGAAAUGGAAACUGAAGCAAUGUAUAGGUACACUCCACCACAUGGUAAGUCACAACCAUUAUAUAAGAUGUCAAAAUCUGAUGUUGAAUCGCCUCAAAAGUCGACAUUCAGUGCUUCAAAAGAGGAGACCAAAACCUUCAGCAGUCAUUUGAAGACAAAAAGUGGUAAGAUUGAAACAGACAUGAACAGAGAUAGUAGUGUUGAAGUGAGAAAGACUGCAUCAAUUCCAGCUAGAAGAUCAACAGAUUCUCCGCGCUUGGGGCAAAAGGGGAGGCAUUUGAAUGAGUCAAGACAACGGAUUACAAGAAGAGAACUCGCGAGUAGUGGCAAAGAUGAAGUAGUGACAUAUCCCUCUUCUCCUACAUCCUGCAGCAUAAAAGAGAAGACUAAAAAUUUAAGCAGUCCUUUGAAGACAAAAAGUGGUAAAAUUGAAAGAGACAUGAGCAGAAAUAGUAGUGUUGAAGUGAGAAAGACAGCAUCAAUUCCAGCUAGAAGAUCAACAGAUUCUUCGCGCUUGUGGCAAGAGCCAAGGCAUUUGAAUGAGUCAAGACAACGGAUUAAAAUGAGAGGAGAACUCGUGAGUGGUAGCGAAGAUGAAGUCGUGACAUAUUCCUCUUCUCCAACAAUUGACCGGACCUCAAGCAUUAGAAAGGCCAUGUCUCUUUCCAUCAAACAACCACCAACCCCUCCACCACUUUGCUCUGUUUGCAAGCACAAUGCCCCCAUUUUCGGGAAGGCCCCAAGGAGGUUCAGCUACGAAGAGAUUGAGAAAGCAACGGAUGGGUUCUCGAGGAACAACUUCUUGGCAGAAGGUGGAUUUGGUCCGGUAUACAGAGGAGUGUUACAUGAUGGGCAGGUGGUUGCAGUGAAGCAACACAAAAUGGUGAGUGCGCAAGGAGCAUCAGAAUUUUGCUCCGAGGUUGAAGCACUGAGCUGUGCUCAGCAUAGGAAUUUGGUGAUGCUGGUUGGCUACUGCAUUGAAAUUCAGUGGCUCCUUGUCUAUGAGUUUGCUUGCAAUGGUUCCUUAGACAAGCACUUAUAUGGAAGGGAGACAAGUGAGGUGAUGGCUUGGCAUAAUAGGAUGAAGGUUGCAAUUGGAGCUGCAAGAGGUUUGAGAUAUCUUCAUGAAGAUUGCAGGGUUGGUUGUAUUGUGCACAGAGACUUCAGACCUACCAACAUCCUCCUAACCCAUGACUUUGAAUCCAUGGUGGGAGAUUUUGGUCUAGCAAGGUGGCAAGCAGAUGGCCAAUCAGCCGAGGAGACACGUGUCAUUGGUUCAUUCGGGUACUUGUCUCCUGAGUACACACAGACUGGUCUGAUUACUGAAAAAGCAGAUGUAUAUGCAUUUGGAAUUGUUCUGUUGGAGCUCAUAACUGGCAUCAAAGCAACUGAAUUUUCAAGAAAUGGGGGACAACAUUAUCAACCAGAAUGGAGCCGUCAAUUACUAGAGAAGAAGAAGCCUAAUGAGAUAAUUGACCCUCGAUUGGAGAAUAACUACGUAGAGGAUGAAGUGCAGUGCAUGAUUCAUGCUGCCAGUUUAUGUAUCUUGCCUCACCCUGAACAACGACCAAGGAUGUCCAAGGUCUUAAGAAUAUUGGAAGGAGAUUCACCUGCUAGUUACUUGGUUAAUCAUCAGAAUGGGCAAUCAACCACCUCAGUAUAUGAUCCAAAACAAGACCUGAAAGGUUGCAAAACAGAGGGUCCAUGGAAGAAAAAGCUAGAUAAAAGCUCUUCUUCAUAUAUGAUGCAAUCAAUUCAUCACACCAACAUCAGUCCAUCAAGAAAAGAUUCACAUAUAAAGAGUGAAAAGAAGAGCACAUUCAAGCAAACAAAAGCCUCCAAGGAGUACUAUAGAAUGGCAAGUGGUAGUGGUGGGGAUUUGUACCAACCUGAGAUGUUUGUAAAUGAGGAAUCUCAAGAAUAUUUACAAGGGACACUGUCUGAAUUUAUUCAGAAUCUGAUUAGUAAAUGAAGGAAGAGAGAGAGAGAGAGUCAUGUAAUUUUUGCAUGGUUUGGAAGAUUUUUAGCUUCUAACUGCAGAUUCAUAUUCAACAGGCAUAUUGACUUGUAACUGUACAUCAAAA